UCCGUCUUUACUAGGGUUUUAUUUCACCUAAACACUUUCCUGUAUUCAUUGUUCUCCCAUUUAUUUUAGGGUUAGGGUUUAAGCUUUUUUUAUUCUUUUUCAUUUCAUUCCACUUUCUCUUUCUAUCUCAUUUCUUGAUUUCCAUCAAUGGCGACAACUCCUACAACUGCAACUCCAAUUCCAAAGAGAAAGCCAGUGUUCAUCAAAGUUGACCAGCUAAAGCCCGGUACUACUGGCCAUACAUUGACUGUCAAAGUUGUGAGCUCCAAAACUGUGUUAAACAAAGGAAGAUCCGCUCCUUCUGCUUCUCUUAAUCCUCGUCCAACUCGCAUCGCUGAAUGCGUUGUUGGUGAUGAAACCGGCGUUAUCAUCUUCACCGCUCGUAACGAACAAAUUGACCUCAUGCAGCCUGAUGCUACAGUAAUCUUGCGUAAUGCAAAAAUUGAUAUGUUCAAGGGUUCUAUGCGGCUUGCAGUUGACAAAUGGGGACGUGUUGAGGUCACCGAUCCUGCUAGCUUCCAGGUCAAGGAAGCUAACAAUCUCUCCAACGUGGAAUAUGAGUUGGUGAAUAUUGCUGAAGAAAAUUAGAAGUUGUUAGGUCAAUAGCUUGAAGUGGAUUUCUUAAUAUCUUUUUUGGUUUGUGAAUUUUUAUUGUUAUUGCUUUGCAACUUUCAUGAGUUUCACAAAAUCAUCAUUGAAGAAGCAUUGCCUCUGUAUUCAUAUAUAAUGCCUUUUUUUUUGGCUGUGGUCUAAAAUUUAACCCGUUUGAUUUUCUCAUGGCCAAUGUGUGGUUAAGGCAGCUGUUAACCAUAUUGCCUUGUAAAUAUUUGAUGUAACCAAAUGUCCAUUCUUAGAAGAGAAAUGUGGGGGGUGGGAUUUGUAUCAGUGAUUUCAUUGUUUC